AAUGUCUCCCCAGCGCUGAAGACCAAACAGAGACUAUUGCAGCAGAAGCACCAUGCAGCCAAGUCCAACGCGGGGAGCCUCUGUGUGGGGGGAGGGGUCUCGCUCUGGCCGCAGAUGGACAACAUGCGUCUGACCAGGCGGGAAACGGUCGCGCUGACCGCGUGGUGCGUCGGACUGGUCCUGGCGGUGCAGGCGAUCUUCAGCUACCUGCAUGGUCAUGUGAUGAGGAAACUUCACGUCUUCACUGGUCGCCUGCGCCGUUUCCAUGCCGACCACAGGCUGGAGGUCACCCGAGGUCAGCAGCAGUUUGACAGGUCUGUUCUCAGGUGGCACACAGACUACAGGAACCUCAUGGAGUCUAUAGAGCAGGACUUCCAUGUGUCGGUGGGCGGGGCCCCUGUGCUGUUCCAGCUGUCCCUGUUGCUGUACCUGCUGUCCAUCUGCACCCUGCUAUACUACCUGGGGGACAACAUGCUGUCCAAGAGCAAGCUCACACCCAGGAGGAUCAAGCAGUGGGUGUCCCUGCUAGUAGUAACCAGUGUGUGGACGUUGCUUGGCCUGAAGCUGCUGACCACUGCCCAGCACCUGGAGUCAGCUGUGGAGAUGACUGUGUACCAACUCAGUGAGGAACUGGGUGACCUAGUCCUGCUUGACCAUGACUUGAGCAGGUACCACAGUGUCUUAAGGUACUGGCAGUACCGCUGUACCCCGCCUACCUCACCUGGUGUACUCAGCAUCUUAGGAAUCUUACAGGUGAGAGAUGUGAACUACUACCUGCAGUACUACAGCUUACCUGUCCUCACUGCUCUCUGCACACCUGUGGUCAGACUGGUCCUCGCACUCAAACAAGUCUACAGUCCUGCUUAGGGUCUGAAACUGUGCAAUGUACAGUCAAACUUGUCUAAGGUGACCACCCAAGGGAUAGAAGAAAAAGCCACUUGUUGUACACACUGCCACAUUGAUCCAACCCAGCCAGUGCCAUUUUACAUUGUGCAAAGACUGUGACAGUCAUGCUAUUGAAAUUAAUGGCAAACUGGCAGAAUCCAUCAAGUUUCUAGUUACAAACUGUAUACUAGUAUCAUGAAGUUAGUUUUUCAGCCACAAGCUUGAAAGUGAUUGUUUGGGGUUGAUUGUUUGAGGUUAUUAUAGGCAACAAUCAUUUGAUGUACUUAGUUAAAAAUUGUUAAAUGUAUAUUAAUCUUUACAACAUAUUUAUAUUUUGGUGUCAUUGUAGAUACUAGUAAGCCAUUCUUGUAUAGUCAUAUUUUAUAUACAUUCCUCUGAGAGUCAGUCAUAUUCCUGUUAGUUUUGGUCAUAAUGACAUUUUUUGCGUAAUUUUUCUGAAGGUGCAAGCCAUAAUGGUGAAUCAUUUUGUUAGAUAAAAGGCAUUGCAAUGGUGUGAAAGUUAUUUAUAUGUAGCUACUUGAAUUUCAUAUAUUAUGUAGUGUUUUUUUAAAUUUAAUGUAACUUAUUUAUCUGCUGACAUCUUAUAGUACACAUCAUAUAAUCAUGUAUUAAUAUUUUACGCAAUCAUAUUCUAAAGAUUCGAAUACUUGAACAGUGUUAUAAUAAGUUUACU